ACCCCAAUCUUUGUUUAUUUUUUCACCAUCGAAAAAACUUUUAACAAUGUCUACCAAGACAUUCGAUAUAGGUGAUCUGGUAUUUGCAAAACUCAAGGGAUACUCAAUAUGGCCGGCAAAGAUUACCAAGUUGAACAAGGAGCAAUACCACGUACGCCUUUAUGGAAAUCCCAAGACCGGCAUUGUUACGGUGGACAAUCUUUUUGCUUAUGUGGAACAUAAAGAGAAAUUUGCAACCGAUAAGUUAUUGCGGCGCAAAAACUUUCGUAAUGGGAUUGCUGAGAUUGAAAAUGAUUUGAUACAAAAUACUCUUAACGUUAAAUUCUCUAAAACCGUUUCUUUUACUGAUAGUGGACAAGGUCAAAAGAAAGCUCCUAAACGGCGAGUCGAGACAAGGAAGACCACAUCAAUCCACAUCAAGAAAGCUAAAGAUGUGCCACUUCCUGAAGACGGACCAGGCCAAAAUAAAGCUCCUAAACGGCGAAUCGUAAAAGAUAUUAUUCAUGAAAUAGAAGUCGAGUCUGUGAAGAAUGUAUCUGAAAGAAAGAAACAUAAUCCAGAGACAAAGAAGACCACAUCAAUCCGUAAAACCAAGAAAGCUAAAGAUGUGCCACUUCCUGAAGACGGACAAGGCCAAAAGAAAGCUCCUAAACGGCGACUCGUAGAAGAUAUUAUUCAUGAAAUAGAAGUCGAGUCUGUGAAGAAUGUAUCUGAAAGAAAGAAACAUAAUCCAGAGACAAAGAAGACCACAUCAAUCCGUAAAACCAAGAAAGCUAAAGAUAUGCCACUUCCUAAAGACGGACAAGGCCAAACUGAAGCUCCUAAACGGCGAAUCGUAAAAGAUAUUAUUCAUGAAAUAGAAGUCGAGUCUGUGAAGAAUGUAUCUGAAAGAAAGAAACCUAAUCCAGAGACAAAGAAGACCACAUCAAUCCGCAAAACCAAGAAAGCUAAAGAUGUGCCACUUCCUGAAGACGGACAAGGCCAAAAGAAAGCUCCUAAACGGCGACUCGUAGAAGAUAUUAUUCAUGAAAUAGAAGUCGAGUCUGUAAAGAAUGUAUCUGAAAGAAAGAAACAUAAUCCAGAGACAAAGAAGACCACAUCAAUCCGUAAAACCAAGAAAGCUAAAGAUGUGCCACUUCCUGAAGACGGACAAGGCCAAAAGAAAGCUCCUAAACGGCGACUCGUAGAAGAUAUUAUUCAUGAAAUAGAAGUCGAGUCUGUGAAGAAUGUAUCUGAAAGAAAGAAACAUAAUCCAGAGACAAAGAAGACCACAUCAAUCCGUAAAACCAAGAAAGCUAAAGAUGUGCCACUUCCUGAAGACGGACAAGGCCAAAAGAAAGCUCCUAAACGGCGACUCGUAGAAGAUAUUAUUCAUGAAAUAGAAGUCGAGUCUGUAAAGAAUGUAUCUGAAAGAAAAAAACAUAAUCCAGAGACAAAGAAGACCACAUCAAUCCGUAAAACCAAGAAAGCUAAAGAUGUACCACUUGCCCAUCACGGACAAGGCAAAAAGAAAGCUCCUAAACGGCGACUCGUAGAAGAUAUUAUUCAUGAAAUAGAAGUCGAGUCUGUGAAGAAUGUAUCUGAAAGAAAGAAACAUAAUCCAGAGACAAAGAAGACCACAUCAAUCCGUAAAACGAAGAAAGCUAAAGAUGUACCACUUGCUGAUGACAGACAAGGCCAAAAUGAAUCUUCUGACGGUGAAAUCGUAGAAGACAUUGUUCAUCAAAUAGAAGUCGAGUCUCUGAAGAAUGCAUUGCAUAUUAAGAAUAUUCAGGUGAAGAAAAAGCCAUCUGUUCGUAAAACGAAGAAAGCUAAAAGUGUGCCCCGCGAUGGUCAAAUUGAACCUCCUCCUGAGAAUGCAGAUAUUCUGGAAUUCGAAUUGGAUACUAGCGAUAAUUCAUUUGAUAUCAACAAGAAAAUUCCAGCUACUAAGGAGACCUCAUCAAUCGGUGAAACGGAGAAAGGUGAAGAUGUAUCACUUGCCAAUGACGCAGAAAGCCAAAACGUAACUUCUCACCAACAAGAUCCAGAAGAUAUUAUUCUGGAAAUCAGAUCGGACUCUUCGGAGAAUUCCUUUGAUUUCAUAGAGUAUAUUCCGGAUUCAAAGACGACGUCAUCAGUGAGUGAAACGGAGAAUGCUGAAUUUGGACCUCGCGUUCAUGAUGAACAAUGCCAAAAUCAAGCUUGUAAAGGGACAGCCAAAGAAUAUAUUGUUCAUAAUACAUGUAAUUCGGUCAGUAGUCAGAAGAAAGCUAAAGCUGUACCACCCACCAUCCAAAAUAAUUUGGUUUUAGUUUAUAUGCCUUCAGCCAAGUGUUAUGGUAUUGAUAUCAACUACAACAAACCAAAGACAUUGAAAACGGUCGAUGAGAAAAGAGCAUGGAUGAGGAAAUCUCUUGAAAAGGCAAUGGAGCUGAAAAUUAAACUGGAAUCAGAGCAAAUUAAACUAAACUCAAUACCAGAAGGACUUGUUUCUGAGCCCAAACGGGGUGAGAUGACUCUGGAAGAGGCCAAUCAUUUUAUUGAAGACUUGAUCACCGAAAAUAAUGCAUUAAUCAUGGAGAGAGAUUUCAUCCAAACGGUUCAACAAUUGCGAGAUUGUUUGGGCUUUCGUGGUGCCAAUGUUGGCAAGUGCUUGAAAAUUCUUACAGACUUAAAAAAUAUUCAUAUCUCCAAAUUGUUGCUAUUGCGAAACCCGGAAUGUGUGAGCGUGAUACGCCGAGUGCAAAAAUAUCAAGGCAAUUUAAAGGAAUGGAAUAUGAGUCACAAAAAUGAAACUGAUUUCAAGUCCAAGGCUGCAUUAAUACGCAAAUUAUCGGUGGAGAUCUAUAACAGUUUUAUAGAGCUUUUUACGGGACCGAAGUCCGUUGAGGGUUAUCACUUUUGGAAUGACUUUUGCGAGAAAGUAAAGAUCUACAAGAAAUUUACUUCGAGCAACUUAGCAAAUUAAAGAAAAAGCAGCUCAGAUGGAAAAUCAUUUUAGGCGGAACCAUCAACCUCUUAUCAACUAUAUAUAUGAAUACAAUAUUUUGAGUUCGAAUAAAACACUCUUAAUGAAAUAAACUAAAUUAACCUGGAAAGAUAAAAGCGAAUAGAAUCGUCUACUACCUUUAAUUAAAGGUCAAUUGGGCAAUUGCCCAAAUUCAUUGAUCAUUCUUUUUAACCUAAGUUUGUUUGAAAUGACAAGCGAUUAUUCUGCUUUAAACUCGAUGAAAACGAAGUUGGAAAAUCUGCAUUAAUUUCAAAACCAU